UUUCUGUGGUUAAAUAUGGAGAAUCCACAGCACACUGACCCUGAAAUUGAUCACAUGUACUGUAAGAGGCCUUACAGUUUUCCAUCAAGAGAGCAGGUUCAAGACAAUAAUGACAGCAGUGACCAACGCCAGGAUGUGUUCACCACAACCAGAGAUGCUGGGAUCCUGAGUGAGGACAUGUCUUUCAACAGGCUAGUGGAACGAGCUCAGCAAGCUGAACAGAAGCGAAUCCUUGCCAGUGAGCUUCUGUUAACAUUUAUCACUCAGGAUGAAUGCCUGCGACAACACCUCCAAGCAGUCAUCGCAGGAAAACUCACACCGUCCUGGGCAUCAAAGGGAAGAGUGAGAAUUUUCCUCGAGAAAGAAGACCAGCUUGACAGAGUGAUGAGCUUCUUGGCCAGUCUGUUGGAAGCACAGGGAACCAAAUGUCAUGAUCAAGUGGCAUUUGUUAUGGACGUGCUUCUGCCAGAGGCAACACUCCAUGCUAUUGCUGGUGUACAUGCUGUUUCCCUGCACAGGGCCACAGAAAUCUAUGAAUGUGGACUGCAAUAUGACUACAGUGAGAAACAGCUGUUUGCACAUUAUGCAUCAAAAAACAUGAGCAAGGAGGCAGAGCAGAAAAUGCUGACAUACAAAGAACAACUCCAAAGAGCACUCGAGUCCAAGGACUUUGUGCAGAUGCUUUAGCUGUUGCCAAUAAAACACUAAACUGUU